GAAAAAUGAACUUUGAUCGGCGACAUUCAGGUGAUGAUAUCGGGUUCUCAGGCUUACAGACGCACUCCUUCCACACUCAUCAAGAAAGGUGCUGAUUCACGUCUCGCCACUUUUCAAACCACCACCAGAUGACUCCCAAGCUUGUUCUAGUGACUGGAGCUACUGGACGGCAAGGUAGUUCAUUGAUACAUGCUUUGAGACCAGCGGAUUCGGAAGCGCACUCUGGGGAACACGAAUUUCACGUCCUGGCCUUGACGCGUAACGCAAAAUCACCCUCAGCAAAAUCAUUGGCACUGCAACCACAUGUUACAGUUGUCGAAGGCAAUCUGGACUCAAUCGUCUCCAUAUAUAGGAUAUUCGAAGAAGCUAAAUCUAACGGCGGCAUCUGGGGUGUAUGUUGUAUUCUUGCUUUUCCCGGGCUAGGAGCCAAUGCCGAUGGAGAAGAAGCACAGGGAAGGGCUUUAGCAAAUAUCUCUCUCGAGUACGAUGUUUCAAACUUUAUCUUAUCCUCAGUUGAGAGAGGCGGGGAACGGGAUGAUGACAGAUCUGUCCUAGACCGACUGGCUAAGGUAAGGAUAGAGCGCCAUGUCAAGGAGCUUGGGAAGAAAGGUCUUUCAUGGACCAUUCUGCGGCCUGGUUUCUUCAUGGAGAAUUAUGAGGGGACCAUUGGAUCCAUCACAGUUGGAGUUUUGAAGGCUGGUCUGCAGCCUACAACAACCAUACAGCUUAUUGCUGUGGAUGAUAUUGGACGUGUCGCUGCCGGAGUACUAAAAAGCCCGGAACUGUUUCAAGAGCAGAUCCUAUGCGUUGUUGGAGACCAUUGCACUAUGAAAGAGCAAGAAGAAGCCUAUGAACGUGCAACAGGCCGUUCUCUACCCAACAUACCAGCUUUCCUCGCACGCACACUCAUCUCAAUCAAUGGACACACUAAAGGCCUCAUUGCAGAUAUUGAACGUGUUCAUAAGAUAAAAGAAGAGGGAGCAGCACCAGAUCAUGACUCUCAGGUUGCUGCCGCUAAACGGGCAUAUCCCAAUAUCCAAAAUUUUGAAACUUGGGCAAAAGAAAGGGCUUCAACUCCUUCUCGAGAUAGGCAGUGGAACAAGGUAACCAUUGGAAAAUUAUUUACAGGACAACAAUAGUAGUCAUCCUAGAACCAGAUGCGACUAGUAUAGUUUAUGUUUAUGACAGUUGGUUGAUAAGAUGCCAGAU